AAUACAGAGAGUCACACGCUCUCAGAACUCACUCGGCUCUCAGCGCACCGUGGAAAACAUCUUGCGUUGAACAUCUUGCGUUGAUUAAUUAUAUAUUAUUCGUUGUUGUAACUUCAGUGUUCACCGACUCCAACCCCGAGCUGAACACUUGAAGGGGACGUCAUAAUAAACAUCUUAUACUGAACACCUCAUAGUGAUUGCGUCAAGAACUCUGCCGGGUGGUUGAACAGUUGAACACGCCCGUAGCGCCCCGUGACAAGAACAUACCACUGUUUCUAAAAGCGGUACAACACAACAAGAGCGAACACUGACCAGCCACCACAGAACACGCCACACCAAGCGACAAAAUAACGACAGACAGCACUAGGGCACAAUCGUCUCUGUCGAUAAACAGGGCUGAGACACAGCGGGUAAAACACACAGCGAGAGCCCUCAACACUACCUCCUUCAGGACACUACUAGAGGACAACGACGACGCAGAGAAAGCUUCCCGAAGAACGAGGACAUCCAUCAGGUCUUCUUUAUCUACCUGCACCUCCGCUGGGAGGCUCGACGCUUCGAGAGGGCAUAUCUAAAGAGAAGAGUGUAUUCUCAAGAGGGCUGUGUUGCUCUUGAGUGAAUACAAGAGCGUGUGCAAGGCAUCGAGAGUGUGAUCGACCGCCUCCUACUCCUCCCUUUGGACGCUCAAAAAUGGAUAACCUCACUGAAGAGAAGAUGCAAGUGUUGAGACGGACCUUCUCCAUGUUCGACCACGACAAGUCUGGGUUCGUCCCCACGGACAAGAUCGUGGCCAUUCUCAACACCUUGGACCUCAAGUACACACACGAGGACGUCACCAAACGCAUCAAGAUGUUCGACUCGCCGAAGAUGGGAAAGGUGAACUUCGACAACUUCGUCUCCAUUCUCAGCUGCUACAUGGUUGACGAUGACGACGACGACGAGGCCAUGUACGAGGAACUGAAAGAGGCUUUCAGACUAUACGACAGGGAAGGCAACGGCUACAUCACCACCAGUACGCUGAAGGAGAUCCUCAAGGAACUCGACAAUAAGCUUUCAAACGAGGACCUGGACGGCAUUAUUGAGGAGAUUGACGAAGAUGGCUCCGGAACUGUCGACUUUGAUGAGUUCAUGGAAAUGAUGACUGGGUAAUGUGGUCAAUGCCGGCACCGAGCCUCGACCUUGCCCAGGUCAACCACCAGGUUAUCUUGUGACUGUCUUCGGGUCAGCUUAAGGUCAUCUUUAGCGACUCUAAAGAUCUCCUUCUGGUUGUCUCUAAGCCAACAACAACAAGGCAAUUACAGGCCAGUUUUCUCCAGGCUGCAACCAGGUCAUCUCCUAAUGGUCUUCUGGUCUACUGAAGGUCACCUAUAUUUGUGGGGGUCACUUCCGGGGGUCGUCUACAGGUCACUUUUUUGGUCAAUGUCCAAUCCAAGUCACUUCUUUGGUCAAUGUCCAAUCCAAGUCACUGUUUUGGUCAAUGUCCAAUCCAAGUCACUUUUUUGGUCAAUGUCCAAUCCAAGUCACUUUUUUGGUCAAUGUCCAAUCCAAGUCACUUCUUUGGUCAAUGUCCAAUCCAAGUCACUUUUUGGUCAAUGUCCAAUCCAAGUCAAUUCUAGGUCACUUUAGGGGGGGUCCCUUUCCUGUCUUGAAGAUCCACGAGGGAGGGUCUCAAGGUUGUAUAUACUAGCCAUCUCUUGGUCGCCUUCGCCUACUUCAGGAAGCACAUCGCUUGAAUAAAGGUGAUCUCCAAUCAACUUUCGUCUCCUACAAAACCGUUUUUGUAGGAGAAAAAAAACUACAAAACAGCUUUCGUCACCUACAAAACAGCUGUCGUUACCUACAAAACAGCUGUCGUCACCUACAAAUCAGCUGUCGUCACCUACAAAACAGCUGUCGUCACCUACAAAACAGCUGUCGUCACCUACAAAUCAGCUGUCGUCACCUACAAAACAGCUGUCGUCACCUACAAAACAGCUGUCGUCACCUACAAAACAACUGUCGUCACGUACAAAGCAGCUAUCGUCACCUACAAAACAGCUGUCGUCACGUACAAAGCAGCUAUCGUCACCUACAAAACAACUGUCGUCACCUACAAAACAACUGUCGUCACGUACAAAGCAGCUAUCGUCACCUACAAAACAACUGUCGUCACGUACAAAGCAGCUACCGUCACCUACAAAACAACUGUCGUCACCUACAAAACAGCUGUCGUCACCUACAAAUCAGCUAACGUCACCUACAAAACAGCUGUCGUCACCUACAAAACAGCUGUCGUCACCUACAAAACAGCUGUCGUCACCUACAAAUCAGCUAACGUCACCUACAAAACAGCUGUCGUCACCUACAAAACAGCUGUCGUCACCUACAAAACAGCUGUCAUCACCCAGAAAUCACAUUAAGAUAACUUCCUGAUUACCUCCAAGUAGACAGAGAUAAUUUAAGCUCAAAAUAUACGAUUGAUAAUGCUACGAAAUCAUGAAAAAAAAUCACGAAAAUGGAAGGCUAAUUUGAUCAUAAUAUUUGAAUAUUUAAUAAUACUUUUCAUUACUAAUCGAUUAAUUUUGCUUCAUAUAGCACAUUAUCUUAUAGAAUAUAUAUAAUUUACGUAAAGGCUUGUGUUUUGUCUGUUAUUCGGCGGCUGUGUAUGUGAAGGAACCAAUCCGUCCUCUCGAACGCUCACAACGUCACUAAAUUGAUGUACUAAAUUGUCCGAGCCUAACCUAACCGAGGACCCCACAAUUAGAAAACUGGACAUCACGUCAAUUCCCGCUUUUCUAGAUUAUCUUUCUCUCCUGUCUCCUUUCCCACACUCCUUCCCCUUCCUUUCUCUAUGACUCUCAUCUCACCCAACUCCCUAUAGUCACAAAUUCUGCUCUUGGACUCAAAAAGUCAACGUUUUGUGGAAAUCAAAGAGUUUUCUGAAGUGAUGUUUUAAUGUUGAAGAGCGAUUGUAAGGUUAGAGAGGAGAGCUUGGCCUAGUACAUGUGUAUUCUCCCUCAGUCAAGAGAAAGGGCAGAGAGAGAAAGAGAGAGAGAGAGAGAGAGAGAGAGAGAGAGAGAGAGAGAGAGAGAGAGAGAGAGAGAGAGAGAGAGAGAGAGAGAGAGAGAGAGAGAGAGAGAGAAAGAGACAGAGAUAUAAGUAGACACAAUUCAGGUUUUCGACAUAAAAGUUUAUCCUCUCUGAUCAAUCAUCUGGCAAUAUGAGUGGCAAUCAGGACUCUGGAGACCCAGAGUGGGGAGGGUAGAAGGGCAUGAUUGGCAGGGAAGGGCCAGGGAGUCCUCAAUGAUAAUUACUAACCUGAAUUUUUUUAUAUAUUUUUUUUUUUUUGCAAAAUAAUUUGAGCUGCUGUCUUUUACGUGUUGUGAACAAUAGUGUCCGCUAAUAUAAUUUUAUCUGGUUAAUUUUGUUUCCUGUUGUCCCGUUCAUUUCGUGUGACCUCAAAAUUUUCCUCCUUUUGUGAGAAACGAAAUUAAACCAUAUUUCAUAAUCCUCCCUAUUUCACUUAAGUGUCCAAUUGUGUAUAACAAUUUUGGUAAGCAGGGCAAAUUAUUAUUAAUAUUAAAUGAUAUUGUAUAUUAUAUAAAAAUAUAUAUUAAGUAUAUUAUAUAUAUUAUAUUAUAUAAAAUAUUAAUCUUUAAAUGAUUAAAUAAUGUUAUUUAAUACAUUUUAUAUUUUCGAAUACGGUAUUAUAUAUGUCUAGUGCUUAAUAUCUGUAUGGCUGUUGUUUUGUCGUUUGUUUUAAUUCAAUGCUUCAAAAUGACUGCAAUAAAUUUUCUUCUUUCCAAUAGGAUUUUAUGCAUCAUUAAUUAUUUUUUUAUGUAAACCACUGUUUGCUUAAUUAUGCUGUCUAUAUUUCCAUAUUCAUUUCCAUACGCAUUUGCAUAUGAAUAGCUUGAGCUACCUCAUCCCUUUGUGUGUAUUUUACAUCAAUAAACUUAUUUCAAUUUCAAUUUCAAUUUCAAUUUCAAUUAUUAUUAAUUCCAAUACAGAGAGAUGGCAGUAUAUUAUAACCAAACUUAUUUCCAUUGUAUAAAUACGUUAAAUAAAUUUUGUUCAUGAAGUUUUUGUUCAUUGUUCAUGAAGUUUUUUUUUCUGUGCAAUUCAGAGACUCGUGUAAUUGGUUCAGAAAUGUCUUGUUAAUGUUUUUGUUUCAUUGUUUCUUAAAACAAUCUAUUAUACUGACUUGGAUUUUUGGGCAUUAUAAUUUACGAUUAACUGUGUAUGACUGAAUAUUAAAAAAAAAUAUCUAAAA